AUGUCGGUCGGUGAGAGAGCCGCCGCCUCCCCUCCCGGCGGCCUGGACCGCUCCCGGGCGGGCGAGCGGCUCCGGGCUGCCCUCGCCGGGCUGCAGGAGCUCCAUCUGCUGCGGGAAAGGCAGAGAGGACUGGUGCGGGAGGCUCUGGGGGGGCACAGCCCCCGGCCCACAGCCCCCGGCACCGGCACCGGCACCGGCAGGAGGGGGGGGGAGCAGCGGAGGGACCCCGAGAGCCGCACUCAGGAGCAGCGCCUGGAGGCGACUCUCACCGCACUCAAGGAACAGCUGUCUCAUUUAAGAAAGCAAGAUGUUGGACUGAAAAGUCACCUACAGCAUUUGGACCGACAAAUCAGUGAACUUAAACUGGAUGUCAGCAAAGCUUCCUCAGACCAGCUGGAAAGUGACAGUAGACCCAGUUCAGGGUUUUAUGAUCUCAGUGAUGGGGGGUCUUGUUCCCUGUCAAACUCCUGUACGUCUGUGUACAGUGAAUGCAUGUCCUCCUCGCAGAGCAGCUUGCUCUGUUGUACCCAGCAACCUGAGGCCGAGCUCAGCAAGUCAGACUACAGACCUCGAUCUGCUGAUGAAACUAUGGUACAGGCAACAGAUUUCAGGCGCCGUGGGGUAUUUAUCCGACCUGGACGAGGGAUCCGCACCACUAUCGAACCUGUUUCGCUCAUGGCCAAGAAGUCAGGAGUCCUCAGACAGAGACCCGUUUCUACAGGCGACUUAGAGAGAAUCCGACCAACAAGCCGGGGUUUUCCAAGUGCCUCUGAUUUGAAACAACUUUCUUCCAUGUGCACUGCUGAUCAUCUGCGGCUCAGACUUGCAAACCAAAGGUAUCGAUGUGAUCUAGUUUCUAAGAAUAGCAGCGAUGUUUACAACUACCCUAGUCCCCUUCAUGCCGUGGCUCUUCAGAGUCCCUUGUUUUCACUGACUGGAGAGGCUCCUGGUUUCAGCAACAGAAAAAUCCUAGCGAGUGAAUCACUGACGAGCACCACACCAUUCAAUCCAGUGAUGUCAUGGCCACCAGUACUUGAAACCACAUUUGGUCACAAACCUAAACUAUCCCAACAGAGUACUGCAGGUGAAAUCCGCACGACUGCUGUCCAUGGAGAUUUUGAACUGAAUCAACAAACUGCGGCACAGAAAAGUGACAUCUCACAAAGCUUCAAUGGGAUGAAAAAUAACUCGAACCAUAAAGCAAUGGUGCAAACUGUGGCUGAACAACAAGACAGCAAUGAUGGUCACUACAAAGACUUGGGACUUUCAGCAUAUGUUGCUGUCAGGCUGCAGGAGGCUGGUCAUGGCUCUAUAAAGCAGUUGAGGGAGGACUCGGAAGCUUCCAUUGGGGUCCAAAUUGUUUCCAAAUUGGACAUGAAGGACUUGUCAAAGGCUAAAUGUAUCAGUGGUUCAGUCGCAUGCUCAGAUGUACCAGUGCAAACUAAUCCAAAAGAGACAGCUCACUACAAUCCUAUUCCCAAGGCAGAAAUGUCCCAGCCGACCAGCCAAAUAUCCAGCGAGGCUAAGAAAGCUGGAGAGGCUUUGCCUAAAAGCGACUUUGUGCAUGCUCAGUUUGUGCCAGCAAAAUCGCAGCAACGAGUGAAAGUCAGGCAAGCCAAUAGAAAGACAAAGGUUGUGAAAAUAAAGAGGAGGAGCAGUGAGAGAGGGCGAGCUGUGAAACAGGGGCCUAUUGAAAAGCUUAGAGACACUGGUGAAGGACCUGGAAUACCCAUUGAUGUGGAUCUUCAUCAUAAGAAGCAAAGAGGAAGAGCUGCUGCAGCGUUCACCAGCCCAGGCUCCGAAACCACGGGCAGGUCAUGUUCAGAGUCAAUUCUUUACCCUGUCUGCUACGGACCACAGCAGUUGACUCACAGACCUGAGACUCAGAAGUCAGCAGUCCCUGGGCUUCAUGUGUCCAAUGCCAAGGGCUUGAUGGAAGGAAUGAAGAAGAAACAGCGCAAAUGGCAAUCUUCUGUUGAGAUCUUCACCAGGGUCCCAAUUGGACACUUGUGUUAUGGCACUGGGGGAGCUGUUUCGCAACAUAAGCAACAGAUGGGAAAAGCUGAGAGGGGUCAGAAUGUCAGCUACAGGUCACGGACAUUUGAGAACCACUUCAGUGUCUACUCCUACGCAAGGAGCGAGUCCGACCAAUCCGAGUACUCUGCUGAAUGUGCGUCGCUCUUUCACUCGACCAUCGUAGAGACCAGUGAGGAUGACGAGAGUGACCACACCACCAACUGCUUUGGCGAUGGUGAGUUGAGUGGGGGGAGCGUGUCAGACACUGCCAGCAACAGCAGCCUCAGCCUCGACGAUGAUGAUCCGGCUCUCGUUUGGCCUCAGGGUUUGGUAGCAGCCAAUGAACCAACUUCGUCCUCUUGCCAGCCUCGACAUUCCGAGGCUCAGGUUUGUCGUAUCAAGGCAUCGAAAGCACUGAAGAAAAAGAUCAGGAGAUUCCAGCCUGACUCUUUAAAGAUUAUGACCAUGGUUUAGUGAGAAUUAACCAUUCUGUACCUUGUCAUGCUGGGUCCUGUUGUUCUAAGAAACAAAAGAAAUUACCUUUGAAGAAAAGUGACAUUCAUUGGUGAACUGUCAAUGACCCUAUUGCAUGUGCAGGGGGUACUUUACAAAUACCUAAAUGCAUUACAUUUUCUCUUAACUUUUUCUGAUGUAUUUUUACUCGAAAGCUGUGUUGUGUAUAGUAACCCAUUUUCGUAUUGCUGACUGACUGCUGAAAACAUUGUGUGGAAAUAAGAAUAAAAAUGGUACAAUCUGA